AUGGCGUCUGCGGUGUCGACAACCUUGAGCCAGUUGCGCGACAAUACCCCUAUUAUCCCCGAGCAGAGGGCACCAGCCAAAAAGCCUGGGCAUGAUCAAUGGCCGUCCUUAUUUCAGACAGCCGUCGUGGCUACUGCUUUAAAGAUUCUCCUGUUUCCAGCCUAUCGAUCAACAGACUUUGAAGUGCAUCGUAAUUGGCUGGCUAUCACUCAUUCAUUGCCUGUCAAAAGAUGGUACUACGAGACUACCUCAGAGUGGACAUUGGACUAUCCCCCGGCAUUUGCACUGUUCGAAUGGCUUCUGUCCCAGCCUGCUGCCCUAGUCGACGCUGGAAUGGUGCAGGUUCAAAACCUGAACUAUACUUCCUGGGCCACCAUAUGUUUCCAGCGAAGUUCUGUCAUCAUCACAGAGCUGCUGCUCGUCUACGCUUUGCACAAGUAUAUGGAGUCCUCACCUGCCUCGACACGUCGCCAAAGUCAUGCUGUGGCCCUUUCGAUCCUGCUAUCCCCGGGGUUCUUGAUCAUUGACCACAUCCAUUUCCAAUACAAUGGUUUUCUCUACGGUAUCUUGAUUCUGUCCAUCGUCUUUGCACGAAAAGAGUCGACGUUGCUUUUCAGUGGGGUCUUGUUCGCCCUGCUUUUAUGCUUUAAGCACAUCUACCUUUACCUGGCACCCGCGUAUUUUGUCUACCUCCUCCGGAGCUACUGUCUGAACCCGAAGAACAUGUUUCAGCCCCAAUUCGCCAACACCUUCAAACUCGGAGCAAGCAUUAUAGGCAUUUUUGGAAUGGCGUUCGGACCGUUUGCGGCAUGGGGUCAGCUCGACCAACUCAAAAGUCGCCUGUUUCCAUUUGCACGAGGACUUUGCCACGCAUAUUGGGCACCCAAUGCCUGGGCGAUUUACUCGUUCGUGGACCGGGUCCUGAUACUGGGUGCGCCCUACCUGGGCUUGAGGGUUGAUCAAAAUGCUGUGAACAGUGUUACUCGGGGCUUAGUUGGAGACACUUCGUUCGCGGUCUUGCCAGAUAUCACAGCUCGACACUGUUUCGGACUGACGUUGGCCUUCCAGACCAUUGCGUUGACCAAAUUGUGGGUCACACCCAGCUGGGAGACGUUCGUUGGAGCUCUCACCCUCUGUGGGUACGCGUCCUUCUUGUUUGGCUGGCAUGUCCACGAGAAGGCCAUUCUGCUGGUCAUCAUUCCUUUCAGUCUGUUGGCUGUCAAAGACCGAUCAUACCUGGCGAGCUUCCGGCCUUUGGCAGUAGCUGGGCACGUGUCUCUAUUUCCGCUUCUGUUCACCGCUGCCGAGUUCCCGGUUAAAGUGGCCUAUACGAUAACCUGGCUGAUGAUCUUCCUGUAUGCCUUUGGCCAAUUGGCACCAGCUCCCACUCGGAGGCGAGUUUUCUUGUUGGAUCGGUUUGCUCUCCUUUAUAUUGCAAUAUCGGUCCCCCUGAUGGCGUACUGUUCAUUGCUGCAUCAGAUGGUAUUUGGGGAGAGGUACGAAUUUAUGCCCCUGAUGUUCAUUAGCACAUAUUCGGCAAUCGGAGUGCUAGGCUCAUGGCUUGGGUUCAUGGUCUGCUACUUGUCUUGA